AUGGAAGCAGUGGACAGCAAGUUCUUUGCAACGGUGAACAAUUACACAAGAAUACGCGAGGAAUUAUGGCAUGCAAUCGAGGAAGAAAUUGAGCCUAAAGAUUGUCGGAUAUACAGCUUCAAACCCAAUUACAAGGAUGAUCCGUUUUCGGAAGAUGGAUGUCUUUGGUGUCUCAACUUCUUUUUCCACAAUAAAGGCCUCAAACGAUUGAUGUUGCUAUCAUGUCGAGCGCUGUCUCAAAAUGGAGCUGUUCCCGGUGAAGACCCACUUUGGGACCUCGAUGAUUAG